UGCACUUCUGAAAUGCAGAUCUAUUUUACUAAUUUCUUUGCAUAUGUUUUCUUUGACUUAUCUAUUAUUUAAUUUUAUUGCAUGACAAUGUUUAUAUGCGAAGCACUCUGAGUCUGCCUUGUGUAUGAAAAGUGCUAUAUAAAUAAAGUUGCCUUGCCUUGCCUUAAAAACCCCCUGAGGCUAAAGGGACAAUACAUCUAGGCUAGCACCGUCUCAUUAUGUGUUUGCAAAAACCUAUUCCCAUCUCCCUCCCAUCUCUUUUGGAUGGGCACCAGCUCCCCAAGGCCGUCCAGGUGCGUGGCGUUCUGUCGGCCCCCUCGCCGCCAGGGCUGCGUGUGGACGCGUGGGUGUUUCAUAUGAUGUCAUCGUUGUGCGCGUCUCUUCCAGGCUCCCUGCGGCUCCCGGCGUGUAAACACAGAGACCGUUCCCCCUCCCCGAUGAGGGGCUUCCUACUCCCCAGCCCCCUGCCCACGCGGAGGAACAGGACGUGCUCAACGAACGCCCGGGCGUCCGAGGGGCCGACGUUUAGCGGUGUGUGCAAGUGUUUCUCCCGCUCCAAAGGUCACGGCUUCAUCACUCCGGCCGAUGGCGGCAGCGACAUAUUCGUACACAUUUCUGACAUCGAGGGGGAGUACGUUCCCGCUGAGGGUGACCUGCUCAGCUACAAGGUGUGCUCCAUCCCCCCCAAGCACGAGAAGGUUCAGGCAGUGGAGGUGAGCAUCACCCGGCCCAAACCAGGGACCCCCCACGAGACCUGGGCGGGCGCCGUGGUCAGCAGCUGAAGACCAGCGCCCCCCCGGAGCGGAACAGGACGAAGAAGAGAGGAAGAGGAGGAGGAGGAGGGGGAAGGAUGAUGGGGAGGAGGAGGAACAGGGCGAAGAAGAGAGGGGGAGGAGGAGGAACACGACGAAGAAGUGAGGAGGAGGAGGAAGGAUCAUGAGGAGGAGGAACAGGACAAAGGAGAGAGGAGGAGGAGGAAGAGGGGGAGGAAGGAUCAUGAGGAGGAGGAACAGGAACAGGAAGAAGAAGAGAGGAGGGGGAGGAGGAUGAGGAGGGGGAGGAAGGAUGGUGAGGAGGAACAGGAAGUAGAAGGGGGGGGGGAAAGGAGGAUUGGGUGUUUGAGUGCUUUUAUAGUUUUGUUUUUUUCCGGCUAGCCCAUCAUAUAGCUCUUUCAGAGCCGUAAUCAUUCCCAACUGGAAGGAGAAAUUACAGGAGGGAGGUACUUAUGGGAGGGGGAGGGAAAGAGAGGACAUACAAACAUAGCUGAGGUUGCAGUGAGAGAGAAUUGUGUAUUUACCAGGGGCUAGCUCGCUAGCGACACACCCAGUUAGUUGGUUUGCUGUCAUCGUAUCACAUGUUGGGCCGACUCGUUUUUAGACACUCAACCGUAUGUUGUAAUAAUGGAAUCAAUCGCCCGAGACUUUCUCAUGCAUUUUACAGCAAAUGUGUGGAUGUUUAUGAGAAGGUCUGAGGGGGAAAAACAAACUGAUAUUAGUUAGACAGACCUUGAUGAGAAUUUAAUGUUUAUUAUUAAACGUAAGAUAUAAAGAGUUUUUGAACGAUUAUUUUCAUUAAAUGUUGAAUUUCUAUUGAAAUAUAUCAGCUUGAAACACUGUGGUUAACAUUCUCAGCUAUUUGGAUAGUUUACUGGAUAUACAUUUUUAUUUGUUACUAACAAAUGAGUGAGUGGGUAGUUUUUUUUAUCUCUGAUUUAACCAUUCUUAGCCUUUGUACCAAACCAAGCAGUUAUUACAAAAGUCUUUCAAGUGGACUCAAGAUGGCGACCCUACCGUUUAGCCUCUGUUCACACAACCACUAACCCUGGAAUGAUAGUAUAAUAGUGCCGGUGCUAACAUUUUGGUUUCUCGUUUUCUGCUGCUCUGUGUCUUGGGCUAGACUGCACUGAAAAGACUAAUCCUCUGCUCACUAAUCAUCACAUGCUUCAUUUGGAUUCCGUGUGACUUUCUCCACUAACUAACAGCCUUGCUCUUCUGAUGGGUCUUGACGGAAUAUAAAUGAUCUUUUUGGGAUUUGUACUGCUGCUCACCACCCACUGCCCCGUCUGUGCGUGCUCUCCCCAGGGCCUGUAUGUGUGGGCGGCACCUCAGCUCUCUGGAGGGCUGAGGACGUGAGAGAAUAAAGCGUUUUCAAACAUUGCUUGGUCGUGUCUUAUCCGAUUUUAAGAGGAUUCUUUAUUUAUUUUUUGCGAAAUGAAAAACCCAGAAAAUGUUUGUGAUGCAUUAAGAAAAAAGGUGUUCAUAUAAAUUGAAUUUAAGUACUAAUGUCACUUUGCAUUUAAAUUAAUAAUUAUUAGCGCAGUUCUAGACAUGUCUUCUGCAUAUAUCGUUUUCUUCUAGGCGCUGCUUGGCUGUGUAUUGCGUCAUUAAAACCAUCUAACAAAAAAUGCUACGUUAUACCAUGUAAAAUAAAAUGCUCCUGAAAUGGCUAUAUACUGCCCUCUUGUGUCUUAGGUUUAUAAAGUUUGAGGUCUACAUAACUGCUAUUUUAAUGGGUUAGGGUUAGGGUGAAAUAAAUACUGAUAAGGCCUACAUAACAGACGUUAAUAAACUUUUUGUGUUAUAGAAUGAGAGGUUAUGUUCAGUAACUUAAUCUCUUUGACCAAAAGGAUUGCCCAUAGACAUCCGUUCAUAAGCUUCUUUUCUGCUAUUUUGGGGAGUAUAGAAUAGCAUAGUAGUUGGUUGUGUAAAUCGUGCAAGUAUAAUGUAUACGUCCAAAUGGAGAGUAAAAGUAGUGCACGUUAUUAUGGCUUAUCUUUCACCUACUUUAAUAUUAUUUAUUGUAUCUUAGCUUUGUAUGGGUUUUUUUUCCUGUCGCUGUGAUUAGGGGUUUUAAAAGGGGUUUAUUGGCAUCUCAUUCAUGAACUUUGUCUGUUUUUAUUACCUCACUCACAGCCACUCAUUUAAUCACAAAAACAAGUUGCAUGAAAUACAUUCACCGGCAGUAAGGGUCAAGUAGAUGCUGCUUUCCAUUGAGCCACAUUGCAUUAGUACUUCCCUAGUUAACACUCUAUAGUAAACUAUUUAGGCAAUACGUAUAUGGGGAAAUUGGACACAUGCACGGGACAUUCAUCAGCGUCAUGUCAAUGGUGGUCCCAUAAACAAGCCGACACGUUUGGGAGUUUUCCCCCACCCUUAUUCACCUUGUGCUUACGUGUUGGACCAUCUCUGUCAGAGGAUAACGAUGCAUCAUUGGACAUAGUGCAGAAAUAAGUGAUUAUUUAAAGGCUGCAUUAUGGGUAUAAAGUAGUGCACUAUAUCGUCAACCACCGCAGUGUCACCCUAAAUAGUGCACUAUAUGAGUGGACCAGCACUUGCAUAUACACAACAUAAAAGCACAGAUAAAGGUCGAUACAAAAGACUUUAUUCUUACAAUAUCAAAAUUGACAGAUUUGUAGAUGGGAGAACUUGAAGUGGGAGAAACUAUGGUGGAUAUCAUGACUCCUUGUGGGCAGUUAAAGGAACUGCAAAGAACCCAUUAGAGAACGUGAUACCAAGAAUAGUUCAGAAGCAAGGAAAAGAAAAUUGUCAUUUUGUAAAUAACUCGGGCAUCAACAAAAUACAAAAAGAGGAAAACAAUAAAGUGUUAAGAAUGUAUUAAAGAAAUUGCUCAAAUGAAAAAGUCUGCAUAUCAUUAAAAAAACAAUUAUACCUCCUUCCACGUCCCCCGUCACAACUAUCUGACUGUUCAUGUAAAAAUACUACAAAUAGGUUUGUGGAAGGAAAGGCGAGAGGUAGGGGGGAGGGGGGGGUAU